UCAAACCAUUGUCAAUGUCAAUAUUGGAUUGCAUUGCCCAAAAAAGCGAUCGAUCAAACGUAAACAAGACGAUAUUAAAUAAUUUUAUUAAACUAUAUAUUCAUUACUAUUAGGCUACUACACUAUAAGUGCUUAAUUUAAGAAAAAAUGCGUCAUGUCUUUAAAAAAAAGAUUAUUUACUGUGGUGUCGUUGUCAUAAUUUUGAUAAUUUUACUACAUCCCGAUAUGAAUGCUAGUCGUUCUUACGAAUAUAUUGAAAAAGACAAUAUUCUUAGUAGCCUACAUGAAGCAACUGCUGUGAACUUCACUAGCACCGCUGUACUAGACUGUGAUUAUAAUGACAUUAUACACGAUGAAACUACUCUGUCCAUUAGUUUAAUCGACGGAGACCUGAUAGAGGGACAUAAGAUUAGAGAAGGAGGAGAAUAUGCUCCUUCUAACUGUAAACCGAAGUACAGCACAGCUAUUAUUGUCCCAUACAGGGAUAAAGCUGAACAGUUACGUGGAUUCCUAGUCUACAUGCACACAUACUUCCAUCGCCAACAUAUCCACUACCGAAUCUAUGUUGUAGAACAAGUGGACUCCCGUCCCUUCAAUAGAGCUAAGCUCAUGAACAUUGGGGCAGCAGCUGCAAUGAAAGCAGGCUACCCUUGCCUCAUACUACAUGAUGUAGACCUACUGCCUCUGAGGCCGGCCAACUUAUAUGCUUGCACUGAACAGCCUAGACAUAUGUCAUCUAGCAUCAAUAAGUUUAGAUUUGUCCUACCAUACUUAAACCUCUUUGGUGGUGCUAUAGCAAUUCUUUCAAAGCAAUUUAAAACUGUAAAUGGUAUGAGCAAUGAGUUCUAUGGAGUGUCUGGUGAAGAUGAUGAUUUGUAUUCUCGAUUAGAGGCAAAUGACUUGAAGGUGUGCAGGUUCCAGCCAGAAACAAGUCGCUACCACAUGGUAUCAUCCAAGGCUGAGAGGAGGUUGGUACAACGAAAAAAGCAGACAAGUUUUACUAAGGAAAGGAUGGCAACCGAUGGUUUAAGCUCAUUAAAGUACACAGAGGUCGCCACUGUCCUUCAUCCACUUUUUACCCAUAUCAUGGUUGACUUGUAGCAUAUCAUUUGAUACUACAAUUAUUACAUCCAUUUGAUUAGGUAUUUAAAAAAUGUAAGUCUAAGAAAACUGCAAAGAAUUCUCUAUUUCUUGUCAAUAAUUAUGAAAAUAUAGAAAAAAGUGAGGUUUAAUAAUGAAAAUGGAUUUACAUGCAUUUAACUAAGUACCAAAUCAAAUGGAGCUCUCAUAUCACUUGUUCAAUUUCGCUUUAAUUAAAUGAAAUUUUAAGACCACUCUAAAUUAAGUAGCAAGUUAGUAAGCUAGAAUCUUAGAAAAUAACUCUCAAAAAUUUACAAACAACUUUCAACUUUAGCUUGAUUAGAAUAGAAUCGAACAAUAGUUUAGUUACGUUUAAAAUAAAACCUUUUACCUAUAUUCGAAGAGGUAAGAGGAACAGGUUUAGAAAUGUCAUUUUACUUUAACCAAUCUCCAAAUGAAUAGAUAAAAUAGUCUGAUUUUCAGUGGCCUAAAAUUCCAAUGGAAUUUACUGUGCACUUUUAGGGGACAAGCCAAUAUUACACCACUAUCCGAUAUUAUAAAAAUAUUUGUGAGAUUUGUGACCGGUUGGUCACAAAUCUCACAAAUAUUUAUUCCCUCUAUAUUAAUAGGGUCUUAUGCAACACUAAUCAAAUGUACUACAAUGUUGCAUUUCUAAAUCUGUCCUCAUCACAUAAUUAGACAUAAGAAGACCAAAACUGCUAUACCGCUAAUGUUCCUAUUGUCAUUUCAAUCUUAUUAAAGCAAUAAUAAAUAAUAAUGAAACAUUGUGAUAUUCUUGUUGAGGGAUUGAACGAUUUCUGUCCAUAGAAUUCCGAUAGUUAAUUAUUCUAGUGCAAUUACAUCUACCUAUAAUACAUAAGUCUUAGUAAUAUGUUAAAAACUUUAAACUUUUAAAAAUUGUUGACUUGUAUUUAAAUUUGUUUCUAUGUAUUGUAUUAGCAAUUAUAUUUCUAGUCGAAAUGUGUUAAAACUACUGUAUAAGAGGAAUGUGAUCGUUAAGCUGACAAAAUAAUAUGUUGAGUGAGUUACAUACUUUACAAUAUAAGAAUUUGUUUCAAUUAGUAUCGAUCCGUCGCUGUUGGCGCCACUAGUCUGUGUCCAAGCGUUAAAAAGAUAAUUACAUAUUUUGAAGAUCAAUUAUGAAAUAUAAUUGUACGGUAAUAGAAACAAUAUUGUUAGUAGGUAAUUAUUGUAAUGUAACGUCAUAUCACUGGGAAACAAAGGAAUUGGAUGGAAAUAAAAUAAUUGAAUAGAAAAUGUAGGUUAUCAGUAGACUGGUUGGUAGGUAGAGUACCUACGGAAUGGUUUGUGUGAUUAUUAAUUGAAUUUAAUAGAUAUUUAAUUAAGAAUUACUGAAGUUCUUUUUGUAAGUACAGUUUGUGUGUUGUCUAAAUUAUUUAUCUACAUAAUGUUGAUACAGUGUAGUUUAUAAAGUAUAUUGUGAAAUAUAAACUUAGCCGUCCGACAAUAGAAAAUACUACCUAAUUUAUUCAAAAUGUACCUACUUAUAAAUGCAAUAACUCGCAAACCCGAAUUUUCGAUUCAACUUGAACUUAUUAACUUGUUUUGUUAAUUUUAGAUGUAGCAGUAGCCUAAUAGCCGAGCUAGUGCAAUUGCUCAAAAUCACGCGAGAAACUUACUUACCUAUUUGUAAUCACUACAACACUUUGGUAGCGAAUAAAACAGUUACAAGAAACUA